CCACCGGGUGAGUCCUGUGUGGCAUCACCGUGCCGGCACCGGGGAUGGGACACGGUGCGAGGAUGCUCUGGGGGUAUCAGUGCCGUGGGUGACGGAUCCUGUGGCAGGCGGUGGUGCGAGCGGAUGGUGCAGGUGACGGCGGAGGAGGAGGUGACACCACGGCGCGAGGACGCGGUGCCCUGUGCCAGCCUCUACCACUACAGCCUGGCAGGCUGGCGGAUCGACCGGGACCGCAUGCGCCAGGCUUAUGGUGGGGACCGUGGCGAGCCCCACCGUGACGCCGGCUCCGGCACCCCACUCUGCUACAUCUACAAGCCCCCGGAGAUGCAGCCGGUGGUGUGGAACCGCACGGUGCGCGCCUGCUGCCGUGGCUGGAGCGGGCCCCACUGCACGGAAGGCGAAGGCUCAUUGGGGCGCUGCUAUGGCACGUGGCAGUGCCAGGACACCGCCAGCAGCCGCAACCUCUCUGCCAUGAGCCUGGCUGAGUGCUGCCGGCACCCCUGGGGCCACAGCUGGAGGAACGGCUCCACCACGUCCUGCCUUGCCUGCACCCACCUGCCCCUCGCCGGUGAGUCUGGGGCUCCUCGGGGGCUGCGGGGUGCGGCCGCCCGGCACCGUGGCCCCCGGGCCGGCUGCCUCACCUGGGCCGGAUCCCGCUACCGCAGCUUCGAUGGGACGCACUUCCACUUCUCCGGAGAGUGCACCUACAGCCUGGCCGCUGCUGCCGAUGGCACCUGGGCUGUCUCCAUCGCCGCCGGCGACCCCCGGGCACUGCACAUGACCUUCGGGAUGGACACAGUGGUGGCCAGGGGCCGAAACCUCUCGGUGAACGGCAUGGCGGUGCUGGAGGGACAGCCGUACCUGCACAACGGGAUCAGCGUGGCAUGGCCGGGAGACGGGGUGGCUGUGGCGAGUGGGCUGGGCGUGCGGGUGACCUCGGACGGGCACCAGGCUGUCACCGUGACGGUUGACGCCGAGCUGUGGGGCAGCACACAGGGGCUCUGCGGCCCCUACAACGACGAUCCUACCGAUGAUCUCCUGCAGCCGACGGGGGACGUGGCUGCCUUUGCCGCCAGCUUUGGCAACUCCUGGAAGAUCCCGGCUGCCGGCUCUGAGCUCCCCUGCAGGGACGCGGCAGAGCUGGGUCCCGGCUGCACCGCGGGCAAUGCGGCACGGCGGGUGGCCGAGACUGUGUGUGGGGAGCUGCUGGCCGAGCCAUUCCGGCAGUGCCACGGCCAGGUCGACCCAGAUGGCUUUUACGCUGCGUGCCUGGAGCUGCUGUGCUGGGACGGUGACACCGGGCCGGUGCCACCCCCUGCAGCCUGCGACACCUUCGCUGCCUACGCACGGGACUGUGCCCAGCACCAAACCUACGUCGACUGGCGUCGGACGGGCUUCUGCGAGCGGGCGUGCGGCGUGGGGCACCGGUUCUCGGACUGCGUGUCCUCCUGCCCCGCCAGCUGCGCGGCCGUGGGCAGCGCCGAGGACGGGCCGUGCCGCCAGGACUGCGCCGGCGGCUGCGAGUGUGCGCCGGGGCUCUAUGAGGAUGGGGGGCUCUGUGUCCCCCCAAGCGCCUGCCCCUGCCACCACCGUCACCAGCGCUACGCCCCGGGCCAGACCAUCCGCCAGCGCUGCAACCAGUGCACGUGUCAGGGCGGGCACUGGCUCUGCAGCCAGGACCGGUGUCCGGGGGAGUGCACAGUGCUGGGGGGCCGCCACUACACCACCUUCGACCACCGGCGCUUCUCCUUCCUGGGCGCCUGUGCCUACACCCUGGUGCAGGACUUUGUGGAGGGGCAGCUGCUGAUCACAAUGGAGCACGAGGCUUGUGAUGGCCACCAGCCCCUUGGCUGCCUCCGGUCCCUCUCCGUCAGCACCCGCCAGACCUCCGCCCGCCUCCGUGGCACAGGCGAGGUGACGGUGGACGAGCGGGAGGUGACACUGCCUUUCACUGGCGCGGAGCUGAACGUUCGCCAGGCAUCGUCCUCCUUCCUGCUGCUCCAGACCUUCGGGGCCCACGUCCUCUGGGGCCUGGAGGCGCCCACUACCUAUAUCACCCUCCAGCCUGCCUUUGCCGACAAGGUGCGGGGGCUCUGUGGCACCUACAACUGGAACCAGCAGGAUGAGUUCACCACCCCGAUGGGUGAUGUGGAGACCAGCGUAACCGCCUUUGCCAACAAGUACCGAGUGUCCGGCAGCUGCCCCGAGCUCAGGCCCUUCCCCCUGGAGCCCUGCGGUGCCUUCGCUGGGCAGCGGGAGCUGGCUGAGGCUGCCUGCGCCGUCCUGCACGGCCCUGCCUUCCAGCCCUGCCACCAGGUCGUGGAGCUGGAGCCCUUCCUGCAGCUCUGCCUGCACGAUGCCUGCACCUGCCGGGACGGGCAGCGCUGCCUCUGCCCCGCGCUGGCUGCCUACGCCCGGCGGUGCGCCCAGGAGGGAGCCGCGCUCGCCUGGAGGAACCAGAGCUUCUGCGACGUGCCAUGCGCCGGGGGGCAGCUGUACCAGGAGUGCGGGCGUCCCUGCGGCCGGAGCUGCGCGGAGCUGCGCCUGCCGGGGGGCGGCUCCUGCCCCGACCUGGCCGGGCUCUGCGUCCCCGGCUGCCACUGCCCCGCGGGGCUGGUGCUGGCCGAGGACGGGCAGUGCGUCCUGCCCGGCGCCUGCCCCUGCCGCCACGGCGCCCAGCUGCACCCUCCCGGCAGCCGGAUCCGCCGCGGCUGCAACGCCUGCACCUGCAGCGGGGGGUCCUGGCGCUGUGCUGAAGCCCCCUGCCCCGUGGCCGCCCUCUGCCCCCGAGGGCUGGUUCAUGUCCCGGGAUCCUGCCUGCGCCGCUGUGACAGCACCGAGCCCAAUGGCACCUGUGCCGGCAUCGCUGACGGCUGCGUCUGCCCCCCGGGGACCCUCUUCCUGGAUGGGCGCUGUGUGUCCCCAGAGGAGUGUCCCUGCCAUCACGGCGGGCGGCUCUACCAGCCCAAUGACACCAUUGUCCGGGACUGCAACACCUGCGUGUGCCGGGGGCAGCGCUGGCAUUGCGGCCGCAAGGAGUGCGCGGGGACCUGCUUCGCCACCGGGGACCCCCACUACGUCACCUUCGACGGGCGAGCCUUCUCCUUCCUGGGGGACUGCGAGUAUCUGCUGGCACGCGAGGUCACCGGCCUCUUUGCUGUCACCACCGAGAACGUCCCCUGCGGCACCAGCGGCGUCACCUGCACCAAGUCGGUGGUGGUGGUGAUGGGCAACACCAUCGUGCACAUGCUGCGGGGGAGAGACGUGACGGUGAACGGGGUCUCGGUUCGACCCCCCAAAGUCUACAGCGGGUCCGGGCUGACGCUGGAGCGCGCUGGCCUCUUCCUCCUCCUGCUCUCGCGCCUGGGGCUGGCAGUGCUCUGGGACGGAGGCACGCGGGUGUACGUGCGGCUGGAGCCGCAGCACCGGGGCCGUGUGGCCGGGCUCUGCGGGAACUUCGAUGGCGACGCCGAGAACGAUUUCAGCAGCCGGCAAGGGGUGCUGGAGCCCACCCCCGAGCUCUUCGGCAACUCCUGGCGCCUCAGCCUGCUCUGCCCUGAGGUCAACAGUGCCGACACCCAGCACCCCUGCACCGAAAGCCCCCACCGGGCGCCGUGGGCCCGCAGGCGCUGCAGCGUCCUCCGGCAGCGGCUCUUCGCGCCGUGCCAUGACGCGGUGCCGUGCCAGCGCUUCUACGACUGGUGCGUCUUCGACGCCUGUGGCUGUGACUCCGGGGGGGACUGCGAGUGCCUGUGCACGGCCAUCGCCGCCUACGCUGAGGAGUGCGGCCGGCGCGGCAUCCACAUCCGAUGGCGGAGCCAGGAGCUGUGCCCCCUGCAGUGCGACCAGGGGCUGGAGUACAGCGCCUGUGGCCCCCCCUGCCCCCCCAGCUGUCGCAGCCUCGGCCGGGAGCCCCCCGAGCACUGCCAGGGCCUGCUGUGCCUAGAGGGCUGCUUCUGCCCCCCGGGCACUGUGCUGCACGAUGGUGGCUGCAUCAAGCCCGUCGAGUGCCCAUGUUUCUGGGACGGCUUCGCCUUCCCGGCCGGUGCCGCGGUGCAGCAGGGCUGCAAGAACUGCACGUGUGCAGCGGGUCAGUGGCGCUGCCCGUCCUCGCCGGAGCCCUGCCCAGCCGCGCCGUCCUGCGCCGAGGGCGAGUUCUCCUGCCGCGCCGACGGGCGCUGCGUGCCGGGCGCCUGGGUCUGCGACAACGAGGAGGACUGUGGGGACGGCUCGGACGAGGUCUGCGCCCCGCGCUGCGCCCCACACCAGCCGCGCUGCGCCGGCGGGCAGUGCCUGGCCUGGGGCGCCCGCUGCGACGGCGUCCCCGACUGUACCGACGGCUCUGAUGAGAGUGGCUGUGCCCCCCCGACCUGCAUCCCCCCCGAGUUUGGCUGUGCCAGUGGGCGCUGCCUGCCCCCCGAACGGGUCUGCGACGGGGAGCUGGACUGUGGCUUCGCUGAUGACUCGGACGAGGCAGGCUGCAGCCCAAGCUGUGGGGCGGGGGAGUUCCGCUGUGCGGUGGGCCGGUGCGUGCCGUACCCUCACCGCUGCGACGGCCGCGAUGACUGUGGCGACUCCAGCGACGAGCGUGGCUGUGGCUGCCCCCCCGGCCACUUCCAGUGCCCCGACACCCAGUGCCUGUCUCCAGCCGCUGUCUGUGAUGGCCACCGCGACUGCACCAAUGGCACUGAUGAAGCUUUCUGCCCAGACCGGGUGACUUGUGGCCCCGGGGAGCUCCCCUGCCCCGAUGGCUCCUGCAUUGGUGAAUCUGCGGUCUGUGACGGCAUCCAUGACUGCCGGGACGGCUGGGACGAGAGCCCGGCAGGGUGUGCGGCAGCUCUGCCCGCUGCCGUGCCCACCGCACCCACCAACGGCUCAGCAGUGCCAGCAUGUGGCCCCUAUGCCUUCACGUGCGGGAGCGGGGAGUGCGCACCGCGGGGCUGGCUCUGCGAUGGCGAGUCUGACUGCCGCGACGGCAGCGACGAGCUGGGCUGCGCCAGCGGCUGCGAGCUCGGCCACUUCCCCUGUGCCCAUGGCACCGACUGCGUUCCCUACGGCCACCUCUGCGACGGUGUCCCCCACUGCCACGACCGCUCCGACGAGAGCACUGACCACUGUGGCUCCACCGCUAUCCCGCCGUGCCCGGGGCACUUUGCCUGCGAUGACGGUGUGUGCCUCAACAUGUCGAGGGUCUGCGAUGGUACCACUGACUGUCCCCAGGGCGAGGACGAGCUGGCCUGUGAGAGCAGCGCCCCCGCCGACAGGAGCAACCAGACUGGGGGUCCCUGUGCUGAAUACACCUGUGGUGGGGGCGACUGUGUCACCUUCCAGCAGGUGUGUGAUGGGGUGCCGGACUGCAAGGCUGGAGCGGGGCCCCCCCGGGAUGAGCAGGACUGCGGGGCAUGGGGGCCCUGGGGGCCCUGGAGUGCCUGCACCCUCUCCUGCGGCCCCGGCCUGCAGCGGCGCGCGCGAGGCUGCCACCAGCGCCGCCCCGGUGUCCUGCACCGCUGCCGCGGGCCGGCCGCGCAGGAGCGGCAGUGCUUCCGCCUCGCCUGCCCCGUUGACGGCUCCUGGAGCGAGUGGGCGACCUGGUCCAACUGCACGGGGGGCUGCGGGGGGGUGCGGCUGCGGCGCCGGGACUGCCGCCCCCCCCAGAACGGCGGCCGCCACUGCGCCGAGCUGCCCGGAGCGUCCCCCGCCAGCCUCGAAAUGGGCGCCUGCGAGCCGGGGGGCUGCCCCAACGCCUCCGCCUGCCCGGGGGGGCUGCAGCCCCGGCCCUGCGCCCCCUGCCCCGCGUCCUGCGCCGACCUCGCCGCCGGCGCCAAGUGCCGGCAGGACCGGCCCUGCAGCCCAGGGUGCUGGUGCGCGGCGGGGCUGGUGCUGGACGGCAGCGGCGGCCGGUGCGUGGCCCCCCGGGAGUGCCCGUGCCAGGCGGGGGGGCUCCGGUACCGGCCUGGGCAGCCGGUGAAGCUGAACUGUCGCCUCUGCACCUGCCUGGACGGGCAGCUGCGGCACUGCCGCCCCAACCCUGCCUGCGCCGUGCACUGCGGCUGGUCGGCGUGGUCGCCGUGGGGCGAGUGCCCGGGACCCUGCGGCGUCCAGAGCGUGCAGUGGUCGUUCCGCAGCCCCACCAACCCCCCCCGGCGCGGCGGCGGCCGGAGCUGCCGCGGCAUCUACCGCAAAGCCCGCAGGUGCCAGACGGCUCCGUGCCGGCAGUGCCAGCAGCAGGGCCGGCGGCGCGUCCCGGGGGAGCGCUGGCAGGGGGGGCCGUGUCGCGUCUGCCAGUGCCUGCCCAGCCUGGCCGUGCGCUGCUCGCCCUACUGCCCCCACCGCGCCGCCGGCUGCCCCCAGGGCCAAGUGCUGGUGGAGGGCCGCGGGGAUUCCUGCUGCUACUGCGCCCCGGCGGGUGACAACGGGACGGCCAUGCCCCCCACGCUGAUGACGGAGCCCCCCUCCGCUACGCCGGCAGAGCCUCCCGACAGCCCCCUCCUCACCUUCCCGCUGCCUCCCCUCGGCGAUCCCUGCUACCGCCCGCUGGGCACCCCCUCCCUGCCGGACAGCAGCUUCGCCGCCUCCUCGGCUCAGGCGGGGACCCCCGCACACGCUGCCCGCCUGCACGGCGGCCACCCCGGCCAGGAGCUGCGGGGCUGGGCCCCCCCGGACGACGCCUACCCGGCGCUGCUCUCCGAGCCCCCCUUCCUGCAGCUGGACCUGCUAGAACCCACCAACGUCACCGGGGUGGUGGUGCAGGGAGCCGGCUCCUCUGACGCCUUCGUCACCGCCUUCCUGCUGCAGUUCAGCACCGACGGCUCCCACUGGCACGGCUACCACGAGGUCGCCGCCGGUGGCCAACCCAAGGCCAAGCUCUUCCAGGGUAACCGGGAUGCCGGCACACCAGCGGUGCGGCUGCUGGGCCGCAUGGUGCAGGCGCGGCACGUCCGCAUCCUCCCCCAGGACUUCCACAACCGCAUCGUCCUGCGCGCCGAGCUGCUGGGCUGCCCCCCAGUGCCCCCUGCCCAGCUCGGGGUCGUGACAGUGCCGGUGACAAUGACGGUGCCGGUGGUGACGGUGACGAUGCUGGUGACACCGAGCCAGCGCCCCUGCGGUGUGGGGGAGUUCCAGUGCAGAAACGGGGGCUGCGUCCCCGGGGGGCCCCACGGUGCCCUGUGCGAUGGCAUCGACGACUGCGGGGACCUCUCCGACGAGCUGCCCUGUGGGCUGCCCCCCGCGGUGACCCCCUCAGCACACGGGCAGUGUCCCCCGUCCCACUUCGCCUGCCCAGGCUCCAGCAGCUGCCUCCCGGCAUCCCGGUGGUGCGACGGCAUCGCCGACUGUCCCGAUGGCACCGACGAGACCAUCUGCGGGACCCCUGGCAGCGCCAGCCCCGUGGCCCCCGUGGCAGCCGGUGUCCUGUGGCCAAGCACCCAACCACCAUCGGUGUCGCCACCCGCACUGUCCCUUGGGACUGGCAUCCAGUUGUCCCCGAAAAGCGCUGAGCCCACUCCCCCAGGACCAGCCCUGCCCCGGCUGCUCUGCCCGCGGGGCCGGUUCACCUGCGGGGUGCUGGGCUGCCUGGAUGCGGCCCUGGUCUGUGAUGGGCGCCCCGACUGCCUGGACGGCUCUGACGAGGCCAGCUGUGGCAGCCCCCCCACCUCCACCAGCCCCCUGGCCUGGCCACCCCCACCGGCGGCCCCCCCCCCUACCUGUCCCCCCAAGCAGUUCUCCUGCGGCAGCGGGGGCUGCCUGCCCUCUGAGAAGCGCUGCGACCUGCACCCCGACUGCCCCGACGGCUCCGAUGAGAGCGGCUGUGUUGACUGCAUCCUGUCCCCAUGGGGCGGCUGGGGCCCCUGCAGCCGCUCCUGCGGGCUGGGGGUCACCCUGCGCCAGCGGGCCCUGCUGCGGGACGCCCUGCCCGCAGGGGGCUGCAUCCACCCCCGCCUCGACACCCGCGCCUGCUUCCUCCGUGCCUGCCCAGUGCCCGGCGCGUGGGCAGCCUGGGGGUCCUGGUCCUUCUGCGACGUUGAGUGCGGGGGGGGCGUGCGGAGCCGGCUGCGGAGCUGCAGCGACCCGCCCCCCAAGAACGGGGGGCAGCCCUGCCCCGGGGGCACCCUCCAGAUCCAGCCCUGCAACCUGCAGCCCUGCGGGGACCCCCCAGCCUGCAGCCCCCAGAUGGUGUUUGUGCGGGCAGGGGACUGCGAGGGGGGGCAGGUGCCCCCCUGUCCCCAGACCUGCGGGGACCUGAGCACCAACAGCACCUGCCAGAGCCCGUGCCAGGAGGGCUGCCGGUGCCCGCCGGGGCUGUACCUGCAGGACGGCGGCUGCGUCAACGCCAGUCGGUGCCAGUGUCACCUGCCCCGGGAGCGGCGGCGGCCCGGCGAGGUGUUCCUGCAGGGCUGUCGCCGGUGUGUGUGCCAGGACGGGGUGGUGACAUGCGAGGACGUGUCCUGCGCUGUGUCCUGCGGCUGGUCCGCCUGGUCGCCCUGGACCCGCUGUGACAGCAGCUGCGGCGCGGGGUCGCAGGAGAGGUUCAGGUCACCCUCCAACCCCGCGGCAGCCGCCGGCGGAGCCCCCUGCGCCGGGGAGCCCCGGGAGGUGCGACAGUGCCACCAGCCCUGCGACACCGCAGAGCCCGGCAGCGGCUGGAGCGCCUGGACGCCCUGGUCCGAGUGUUCCGCUCCCUGCGGCUCCGGGGAGCAGCGGCGGCACCGGACCUGCGCCCCGCCGGCACGGGGCGGGCCCGACUGCGCCGGCCCCCACGUCCAGACACGGGAGUGCAGCACCCAGCCCUGCCGAGCGCGGUGCCCGGGGGACACGCAGUACCGGACGGCGGAGCAGUGCCGGCGCGGGGGGGGCCCCUGCCCGCGGCUCUGCCUGGACCUGGCCGCGGGGGUGGAAUGUGCCGCGCUCUGCCGGGACGGCUGCGCCUGCCCCCCCGGGCUGCUGCUGCACAACCAGAGCUGUGUGCUGCCUGCCCGCUGUCCCUGCCACCACCGCGGCCGCCUCUACCAGCCCGGGGACACUGUCGCCCUCGACGCCUGCAACAACUGCACCUGCACGGCCGGGGCGAUGGUGUGCGGCACAGAGCCCUGCCCAGGUACCGCCGGGACUGGGUGGGGGUCCUGGGGUGUGCGCGGUGAUGGGGGACACUCAAUGCUGGAGGGGACACACACUACCGGGGUGCACCACGACCCCCGCCCAGGGCAGCCACCCUGCCUGCGUGGUGCCAUGCGGUGCAGUGCAGUGCCAUGUGGUGCCAUGGGGGCAGAGCAGGUCCCCCAGGACCCCUUUUCCCAUGCUCUCUGGGUGUUGGCAUUGAUGUUGGCACUGGUGCGUCACCAGCUAAAGCCCCCACUGCCGGGGAAGCCAAGGCGCCCCGUGCCAUCCCGCUCUCCCCCUGCGCCCGCAGAAGUCCCGUGGGGCACACGAUCCCCGUGGGGCGCGUGGUCCCCGUGGGGGCCCUGCAGCGUCUCGUGUGGAGGGGGCGAGCGGCUGCGCCGGCGGCGGUGCCAGCAGCCGAUGUGCCCAGGGCUGGGCCUGGAGAGCCAGAUCUGCAACACUCAGGUGUGCCGGGAGGCGGGCUGCCCGGCGGGACGGCUGUACCGCGAGUGCCAGCGCGGCGAGGGCUGCCCCUACAGCUGUGCCCAGCUGGCUGGCCAGGUGGGCUGCGUCUGGGGGGGCUGCCAAGAGGGCUGCCACUGCCCCCCCGGCACCUACCUGCACCACGGUGCCUGCCUCUCGGAGUGUCCCUGCGUGCUGACGGCGGAGCUCCUGCGGGAGCUGCAGAACGGUUCUGCCACCCCCCCGGCCCCCCCUGGCCUGGGCACCCACAGUCCCCCACUCAUGCCGGGCCAGGAGCUGCCCCCGGGCAGCACCAUCUUCUUGGGCUGCACCAACUGCACCUGCCUGCACGGCCGCCUGCGCUGCUCGGAGCCGGGGUGCCGGCGGGACGGGGGGUUCGGGCCCUGGGGCCCCUGGAGCCCCUGCUCCCCCAGCUGCGGGGGGCGAGGGCUGACGAUCCGCCAGCGCGGCUGCACCGCCCCCCCGCCCGCCAACGGGGGCCAGGACUGUGUGGGACCCCGCACCGACAGCAAGUACUGCCAGAGCCCCGACUGCCCCGUGGUGACCGUCCCCACACCGGAGCCCAGCCCCACUGUCCCAGGUGCUGAGGAAGAGGAGGGUUUCGGCCCCUGGUCCCCCUGGACCCCCUGCUCCAAGACCUGCACCCUCCCCGAAGCGCCGGCCACCAAGAGCCGCAGCCGCUCCUGCCGCGGGGCCGGGGGCUGCCGGGGGGAGAGCGCCCAGCAGUGGGUCUGCAACCUGCCCCACUGCGCAGCUGUCCCCCCCUGCCCGGACGGGCGCUGCGCUGGCCAGGACUGCUGGUGGACGCCGUGGGGGCCGUGGGGCGGCUGCUCCCGCAGCUGCGGGGGGGGGCAGCAGCUCCGCCUGCGCGCCUACAGCCCACCCGGGCCUGGGGGCCAAUGGUGCCCCGACAUCCUCAGCGCAAACAGCCAGAGCCGCGUCUGCAACCUCCAGGCCUGCAAGGUGGACGGCGCCUGGUCAGCCUGGAGCCCCUGGUCGCGAUGUGAUCGGACGUGCGGGGGGGGGCGCUCCAUCCGCAGCCGCUCCUGCACCCGCCCCCCCCCGAAAAACGGGGGGCAGCACUGCCCCGGCGAGAGGCACCACCUGCGCCUCUGCAACCCCCAGCCCUGCGGGAGGGGCUGCCCGCCCGGCAUGGCGCUGGUGGCCUGUGCCAACCGCUGCCCGCGGCACUGCCGGGACCUGCAGGAGGGUCUGGCCUGCGGGCAGGACGAGCGCUGCCAGCCCGGCUGCCGCUGCCCCAACGGCACCCUGGAGCAGGACGGCGGCUGCGUGCCCCCCACCCACUGCGAGUGCACGGACGCGGAGGGGCACAGCUGGGUGCCCGGGAGCCGUCACCACGACGGCUGCGAGAGCUGCACCUGCAGCGGGGGCCGCUUGUACUGCGCCCGCCAGGGCUGCCCCCCGGCCCCCUGCAGCUGGAGCCGCUGGAGCCCCUGGGCACCCUGCGGCGUCACCUGCGGGGACGGGCAGCAGACCCGCUUCAGGACCUCCAGCCCGGACUCAGGGGACGGCGAGUGCGAGGGGCCGCAGGAGCAGAACCGGGGCUGCACGGGGGGGCCCUGCCCGCCCCUCUGCCUGCAGGCGGGCAGCGAGAGGCGCCUGGGGGACAGCUGGCUGCAGGGCGAGUGCCACCGAUGCACCUGCACCCCCGAGGGCACCCAGUGCCAGGACAUCUCGUGUGACAGGUCGGGCGGCUGCGUCUGGGGCCCCUGGAGCCCCUGCUCCCGCUCCUGCGGCACCGGCCUGGCCGCCCGGGAGGCUGCCUGCCCCUGCGCGCCCCCUGGCUCCCCCGGUGCCGCCUGCAACCACAGCCACAGCCCGCACCGGGAGCUGGGGGCCUGUUACCUGCGCCCCUGCCCAGCCGCCUGUCCCUGGAGCCCCUGGAGCCCCUGGAGCCGCUGCUCCUGCCAGGCCCCGCGGCAGCACCGGCACCGGCAGGGACCUGCCGGCUGCGCCGGGCUCGACGUGCAGAGCCGCCCCUGCAACACCUCGAGGUGCUCUGAGACCAGCUGUGCCCCCCCCUUCCAGUACCAGCCCUGCGGCCCCCCCUGCGAGCGGCUCUGCUCCAGCCUGCAGCAUCCCGAGUUCUGUCCACAGCCGCCUCCCUGCUUGCCCGGCUGCGCCUGCCCGCAGGCAAGAGUGGGCAGGGGGGCGCAGGAGGCUCUGGCACUGGGGAGGGGCUCUGGAGGGGGCCUCCCUGGGGAUGGGGACGGGGACAGUCCCACCGGGGCGGGGGCAAGACCUGGGUGCUACCGUCCAGUUGGCACUGCAGAGGCAGGGCGGUGGGGGUGCAGGGGGGGAACCUGCCAACCCCACCAUGGUCCCCUGUCCUGGCAGGGGCUGCUGGAGCAGGCUGGGGGCUGCGUGCCCCCCGCGCAGUGCGGCUGCCUGCACCCCGGCGGGCCGGGCGGCCCCCAGCCCCUGGCUGCUGGCGACACGGUGCUCCUGGGCUGCAAGGAGUGCGUGUGCCAGAACGGGACCCUGCGGUGCAGCAGCGAGGGCUGCCAGGGGCUGCUGCCGCUGAGCCCCUGGUCGGAGUGGUCACCCUGUGGCCCCUGCCUGCCCCUGCCCGGAACGCUGGCGGGGGGGACACCGGCAGGGGUCCCAGCCCUGGCCGCGGUGCAGCAUCGGUACCGAACCUGCCUGGACCCCCAGACCGGGCUGCCCUGGGCCGGCGACAAGGCCGCCUGCUCGGCCCAGCUGCGGCAGGACCGGCUCUGCCCGGAGCCCCACGUCUGCCAAGACCCCUGCCUCUGGAACUCCUGGGGGCCUUGGGGGCCCUGCCGGGACCCCUGCAGCGGGGGCUUCCGCCUGCGGCAGCGCCAGCCCCAGCAGCCGGCGGGCAGCCGGCUGUGCCGCGGUGCCCACUCCCAGACCGAGAGCUGCAACACCGACGUCUGCCCAGGGGAGACGUGUGGGGAGCGGGGCCGGGUCUUCGCGUCCUGCGCCGACGGCUGCCCCCGCGCCUGCGCCGACCUCUGGCCCCACGUCCAGUGUCUGCAGGGGCCCUGCAAGCCGGGGUGCCGCUGCCCCCCGGGGCAGCUGCUGCAGGACGGGGAGUGCGUGCCCGUUGCCGAAUGCCGCUGCGGGCUGCCCGCUGCCAACAGCAGCCGGGAGCUCCGGCCGGGACAGGCGGCCGAGCUGGACUGUCACAACUGCACCUGCAAGAACGGGACCUUCGCAUGCCCAGCCCUAGCGUGUUCCUCCUACGGACCCUGGUCGCCGUGGGGACCCUGCUCCCGCAGCUGCGGCGGCGGUAACACGACCCGGCACCGUGGCUGCCAGGAGAGCGCCGGUGGGGUGCCCUGCGGUGCUGCCGGCACGGAGGAGACGGCUGAGUGCAACCCAGAGCCUUGCCCUGCCAGCUGCCGGCUGAGCCCCUGGUCCCCGUGGAGCCCCUGCAGUGCCAGCUGCGGCGGGGGCACCUCCGAGCGGCGCCGGGAGCUGCUGCCGGGGCCGGGGCCCCGGGAGGAACCGUGUCCCCUCCAGCCGCUGCUGCUGCAUCGCGUCUGCAACGCCCGCAACUGCUCACCGGAGUGCCCCAGCGGGCAGGUUUACGGGGACUGUGCCAACGCCUGUCCCCGUGUCUGCGCGCACCUCCACCUGGGGACACAGUGUCUGCCGGAGACAUGCCAGCCUGGCUGCGCCUGCCCGCUCGGCCAGGUUCUGCAGGAUGGGGUCUGUGUCCCCCCCGAGUUGUGCCGCUGCCGGCUUCCCCCCACCCUGCCCGGGGCCCGUAACCUCUCGCAGGCGCAGCAGCAACAGGAACACGCCCCGGGCAGCCGCCUCCAGCACCGCUGCAACACCUGCGUCUGCAUCCGCGGUGCCUUCAACUGCUCCCAGGACGACUGUGAUGUGGACUGCCUCUGGUCCCCGUGGUCCCCCUGGUCCCCCUGCUCGGUGACAUGCGGGGUAGGCGAGCGGCUCUCCCACCGGCUCCCGCUCCAGCAGCGCCUCUAUGAGGGGGCAGAGUGCCUGGGCCCCCCCACCCGCCGGACCCCAUGCAGCCUCCCCGACUGCCCCUGUCCCACGGGCGAGCGCUGGCAGGAACCCAGCACACCGGUCAGCUGCGAGCAGAGCUGCCAGGACAUCUCCAGCGAGCUGCCGCACAACUGCAGCGCGUCCCUGUCCCCCGGCUGCGCCUGCCGGCACGGCCACUACCGCAACAGCGCCGGCCACUGCGUCCCAGCCGCACUCUGCGAAUGCUGGCACCGGGGGCAGCUGCACCAGGCUGGCAGCGAGUGGCAGGACGAGUGCAAGACGUGCCGCUGCAUCGACGGGCAGGCUGCCUGCACCGCCGGCUGCACCCCCCUCAGCUGCCCCGAGGGCGCGGUGAAGGUUCGGGAGCCGGGCAGCUGCUGCCCCGUCUGCCGGGAGGAGUGGCCGGAGGAGCCGUCCUCCAUGUGCCGGCGCCUCACCGAGCUGCGCACCAUCGCCAAGGGGCCCUGCGCCCUGCCCGCCGUCGAGGUCAGCUACUGCGCCGGGCGCUGCCGCUCCCGCACCAGCGUCACCCCCGAGGAGCCGUACCUGCAGAGCCUCUGCGAGUGCUGCAGCUACCGCCUGGACCCCGCCAGCCCCGUCCGCGUCCUGCAGCUGCCCUGCCCCGGCGGGCGGGCCGAGCCCGUGGUGCUGCCCGUCAUCCACAGCUGCCAGUGCAGCAGCUGCCAGGGCGGGGAUUUCUCCCGGCGCUGAGCAUCCCCCCGGCCGGACGCCCCCCCCAACCCCAGUGGCGGCCCCGCCGGCAUGCUCCGGUUCUCCAGGCCCUGUCCCGAUCUGCAAUAAACCUGCGGGAGCAGCCCCCGUGUCCGGCCCCGGGAG